AUGAUAACUGACUUCAGGAAAAGCACCCCCACUCCCACCCUGACCUACAUCGGGGGAGAUUCAGGGGAGCUGGUAGAACAAUACAAGUAUUUGGGGACUGUCCUGGACUCCAAGCUUAAUUUCGAAGCCAAUACUGACCUGAUCCUCAGUGUGGGGAUUGGUGUAGUAGAUGUCGGUUAUGAGCAGCGUCUGGCCAACCACUUGGGGGCACACCGUACCCCAUCCAUCUUGGGGCUCAUCAACGGGAAAGUCACCUUCUUCCACUAUGCCGUGGUCAGGGAGCAUCUGAGGCAGUUUGUGGAGAACUUGUUGCCACAGAGACUGGUAGAGAAGGUAACAGGUAAAAAUUACCUCCAGUUCCUGAAUGGCUGGUAUGAAGAGAACAAGCCCCAUGUGCUGUUGUUUGAUCAAGUACCUGUGGUGCCUUUAUUGUACAAGCUCACGGCGUUUGCCUACAAGGACUUUGUCCGCUUUGGAUAUGUGGACCAAGGCCUGUCUGAGACUGAGAGCUUGCUCAGACAGUUCAACAUCAACAGCUACGCCCCCACCAUGCUCCUCUUCAAGGAGAACAUUGAGAAACCAGCCGAUGUCAUUCAGGCUAGAGGGAUGAAGAAACAAAUCAUCGAGGAAUUCAUCUCGAACAACAGAUUUCUCCUGGUUCCUCGACUGGUGAACCAGAAGCUGUUUGACGAGCUCUGUCCUGUGAAGCAGUUCCACAGACGGAGAAAAUACUGUAUCCUGCUGAUCACUGGUGAAGGGGACUCGUUCACCAGGGGCUACAAUGAAUUUCUCUCCUUUGCCUCUGCCAACGCGAAGGAGGUUCUGCGGUUUGCCUACGUCUACCAGAAACAGCAGCAGCCCCUGUGUGACGCGCUGCUGAGGGGCAGGGACGGUGCCCCCCCUCAGAUUGUGAUUCUGGAGAGGAGGAACGCGGCGGGGAAGGUUCUGUAUAAGCCCAUCACCGGGGGCUGGAAUGGCAGCGAGGAAGACAAAUACCGGCUUCUGGAGCAGCUGGAGCUGUUGCAGAAGGACCCCUCCAUCCUCACCUACGACGCCAUGCUCCCCGAGUUAAACAACGAAUUUGCAUCUAUGUUUCUCAUUCGGUGGAUGUAUACAGCCUAUGAUUACCUGGCGCAGAUCGGUGAUGAUCUUCUCCACAAUAACUGGCGCGAGAUGAUGCCCCUGCUGUCCUUGAUAUUCUCGGCGCUCUUCAUCUUGUUUGGCACAGUUAUCAUCCAGGCCUUCAGCGACUCAAGUGAAGACAAACAGCCGAAGCCCAAGGCGAAGGAAAACACACAAAAGCCCGAAAACGGAUCCCCCAGCAGUGCAAACCAGUCCAGUCGGCCACCAAAGAAGAACUUUGUGGAAGUGACUGAGCUGACUGACAUCACGUACACCAGCAAUCUGGUCCGUCUGAGGCCAGGGCACAUCAAUGUGGUCCUGGUACUAACGAAUGCCUCGAAGAAUGUCCUGCUCAGCAAGUUUGCUAAAGAAGUUUACUCUUUCACUGGGAGCCUCACGUUGCACUUCUCCUUCCUGAACGUGGACAAGCACAGCGAGUGGAUGGACGCUCUGCUGGAGGUCGCACCCGACGCCCUGCAGAUGGACAGCGACGAAGACGACGACAGCGCCCGCAAGGCGGACUACACUGGCUUCGUGCUGGCGCUCAACGGCCAUAAGAAGUACUUUUGCCUGUUCAAGCCCGUCUACACCGGGGAGGAGGGCGACGGCGGCGGAGGCGGUGGCAGGUCGUCGUCGGAGGAGGGCAGGCCGAGGUCUGGCGCCAAGGACGAGCCGCGGAAGCACAUCCCACACUCCCGCUCCGCCUCCACCCUGCAGAUCCACCACAAACUGGACAGGCUGGGCCUGUGGAUGGAGCGCCUGAUGGAAGGGACCCUGCCCAGGCACUACAUCCCGGCCUGGCCCGGGCUGGAGAAGAUCACCCCCGCAAAAUAACGCCCCUUAUGGGAAUAACAAUAACACCGGGGCCUGCAAGUGCAAACUGAAUUGAGAUUACUUAGUUUCCGAGCGCGGGUGUCCUGUAAAGAACAGAAAGAAAAUGCCCCAGUAUGUGGUGCACUGGAGGAGGAGAUGUUACAUAGCUUACACCGUCCCCUCCUUAGAUUAUCAGCAACUGUCAUGUGGAGGUCAAAACCCUUCUGCCUACACUGCUAUGGCUGGCAUGUCUCCAUUCGUUUCUUUUUUUGUUCUAACGCUUUAGUUUUCAAACUGUGGAAUAGUUGUCUCCUGAAACGCUCACCCUUUCUGACAUCUCACUGGAGAGGACAGUGGGUUCAUUUUAACCCGAUUUUCAUACGAUGCAACAGAUUUUAAGGUUACCCCCCCGAUGACAAAAUCAGGUGACGUCCUUAGUGAUUCUCAUUUCAAACGGUAAUGUAACAACGUUUCCCUUCACAUUUUUGAGUUUUGCUGCUGCCUGAUGUUGGGUUUUAUCAAAACAGCUGACGCAACUACUCCAACCCCAGGCUGUCAAAUGUAUAGGUCUCGUAGCCGGGUUGUCCAUGGCUAAAUUGGGUUUUAUUAUGCAAGCAAUUGAAAAAGCUCAAGGUGACUUUCUGGCAGCUUUAUUUGUAACUGUUUUGAAGGAAGGGCUUCCUUUAAGUCAUCCAAUGUAAAAAGAAAACUUGGAAGACCAACGGGAGAAUGACAAGUCAAAACAAUAGAGGAGAAGGCCACAUCUGUGAGUUUCUGAUCAGUUCCAUUCGAACUGGAAAUAAACGCUCGUCUUUGUCGUAACAAACUUCUCUUUGGAGGUUUCGGUGGAGCGACCAAAUGCCCAAGAAAUUGCUCAUUAAGGGAGCCAUUGAACCAGUAAGACGGAAAACCCCAAAAAACUGUGCUUCUCUUCUAAACAUUAGAACAUUACAUUUCUGGAAAAAAACUAAGUGAUUUUCCUUGAUGUGUUACACAACUGGACUCUGGUUCAGCUUACACCUUCCUGAUAGAAAACAUACAUAUUUUUAUAAAAUUCAAAAGGAAGUUCAAAACAUGUUGGUGUAAAACAGUUUUUGAACUGAGCUCUCACCAAGACUUGACUGAACCGUGGUUAUUAGACAAUGAAGUGAGAAGUGGAAAUGAAAGCACGGGGUACGAUAUAAGGAAUAUAAGAUUAAGACGUGUGUAGUAAUAUAUUUAACCCUCAGAAGUAUAUUUACCCGUGCUGUAGAAUAUGCAUUGACAGCUGUAUCCAAAAUGGAGUUAUGUAGUGAAGACAAAAUCAUUCCAAAUGCAGAAAAAUUCAAUACCUGCUGGCGGAAUUUUCAUUGAGCAGAAAAAGAGAGCUCUAGCAAACAAAAAUCCAAUUAAAGCAAGGGGAUUAUAAUUAAUGUAAGAUCGGAAUUUUAAUUUGAUCUGGGCUUUAAUUAAAAAUGGCUUGCACUACUUCAUUGAAUACAUUGCCACAGAGGAGAUCGGAAUUUAAAGAGAUAUUGGUUUUGUAUUUGAAGUCAAGCACGCUGAUUAAGUCUGAACCAAACCAAGCCCAUCGGAUUCUUUUUACCAAAACUCUGCUCCCAGUCACUCUUCUGCCAGUGUUUGACAAGACCAGUGGUGCUUUUAACCAAUUGCUUGGUAAACUAUCUCGUUUUGCGUAAAGGUUGGUUUAAUUCAUCCUUUUUUUCCCCUGCACUUAUGAAAAUACUGACUAGCUUUUUCAAUAUUUUAUUCUGCUCAAUUCCAAGCCAUGGAAAAUUUUGUAUGUUGUCAGAGAUAAUGUUAACUGUAAUAGAUAAAGUUCAUAUUUAAUUCUGUAGACUUUGAAUUCUCAGUUUGUGUACCAUGUAACAAAUUUAGUUUUUCCACUGACCAGCAUGGGAUUUAUUAUAGGCUUUCUGAUAUAGGUGACCUUGAUUACAGGCACUUCUUUGGCAUUGUAUAGUGAGGUCAUUCAGUUACCCAUGAAGUAGAAAGACACGAGUUACAAUGUAAAUAGAUUAGACAUGCUUUAGACAUUAGACAAACAAUACUCAAAUAAAAGGGACAAGCUUUGUAAUCAUGCAUUAUAUUUUCAAUUAGACAUAACUUCCCUAGUGUAUGAAAAGCAUACAGUAAGUUGUAUGCUAUGAAAUCUGAGGAAGGUAUACAGUGAACGAGUUAGAUUGACUACAUUGGCUUCUGAAUUGCACAGCCUAUAGAGAUGGCAGUAACUAACAGCCAACAUUGCUGUAGUUCAGAAUUGUAUUUAUUUUACAUACAUUUACUGUGUCGGCAUGUUCUUCAGUAGCACUCAAGUACUGAGACAACCAUAUCUUUUUUUAUUGUAUGUUGGACACUUGCCAGUUAGUUUUUUUUAAGUCGAGCACUGCAGUGCAGGAUAAGACAUUUGCCUACAAAAAGAUGCAAGGGACAUUCAAACGUUUUCCAUAUUAGAGCAUAUCAUGAUUGAAACGUGGAUUAACUGGUUUAACUGGGCCCUUUAACAUCAGCGCACCUUUGAUCUGAUCUUUUGAAAAUGUUUUGAGUUGUCCAACCCUUCAGAAAGUCUGUUUUCUAAAAAACGCCCUCAGCCGACAAUGUAGCUUUCAAGCUCCAAAAUGGGCAAAGAAUCCGUUUGGUUGCUGCAAGUUUAGCCAAAUUGUCUUGCAAGGUCUUGCAAGAUCAGGGACUGUGCACUGCUGAAUUAGUGUAGCUGUGUUUCAAUGUUAUACACGUGUGUGACAAAGCCUUUUGAAAUCCUGUACUAAUAGUGAGUAAAGUUCACAGUCGGCUAAGCUGCAACACUGAUGGACACCUGCUUGUUUCCCCCGAUUCCAUCGACAGAAAUUGGGGUUGUAAUUUGAUGGAAGCCUACUGGCCAGCGGGGUAUCGCAGUGGUCAGCAUUGCUGCCUUGCAGUACCGGAGCCCUGGGUUCAGUUCUUGACCUGGGUUACUGUCUGGGGGGAGUUUGUAUGUUCUCCAUGUGUUUGCGUGGGUUCUGUCCAGGUGCCCCGGUUGCCUCCCGCAGUCCAAAGGCUUACUGGUAUGUUAAUUGGCUUCUGGGAAAAUUUGCCCUGGCGUGAAUUGUUUGUAUCAGUGUGUACCCUGCACAGGACUGGUGUCCCAUCCGGGGUGUACCCUGCCUUGUGCCCAUUGCAUGCUGUGAUAGACUCUAGCUCCCCCACAACACUGUGAAGGGGUUAGUAAAUGGAUGGAUGAAAGCUUACUGGAAACAUUCCAAUGCCAGAUGCAGAGAAAAGAGAAAGUAAUAAACUCUGUCUUUAACACAGUUUAAUAAUGCUGCUGAUCACAUGUAAUACAAAGAGAUUUUUUUUUUCGUUGGAUUAAAUUGCGUUGUAUGCUGCUGUUUUAAAUAUUGGCUGGGGGAGCGCCAAUAUUUAAAUUUUAAAUACUGGCUGAGGAUCUUCCCCAAUAAAAUAACAAAGUGAAGGAAAGCUGAUUUAACUACACAUGCUUUUAUUUAAACUGUACAUACUGUACGUCUUGUAUAUAAAUAGGUUGUGCUGUGGUUUAUAAAUGUUGCAUUAAUGUUCUGUAACAAUAAUAAAGUUGAAUUUUUGAACUUUU